GGCCAGCGUGCCAUCCAUCCCGCCUGUCGUGGGGCCGUCCUCGGACCAGGUAUACAGAGCUGUAGGAACACGGGCAGCCUCUGAUGUGUCUCCUUCCGCCCGCGGGCUCCCGAUCGCUGAAUUACCACGUUCAUCCGCGGAAACGCUCCGAGGCCGUGUAUCUCGGGCGCAAUGCACGAGCAAUGCUCGCAGACUGGGUUUAGCCGUUUAGCCAGGCCGAUGUUCGCAUCUUUUGUCACUGACGCUGUGGAAUGCGCCCGACAUGAUGCACUGGAGGCCGCCGCCACCUACGGAAACGUCGGGCGGUCCCAAGUACGGGCGCGAACGCAUCUCCUCGGCGUGUCACUGUUCGCAUCCUCGCAGACAAUGCAUGGCUCAUAGCAUGAACAGGUCUCAGCCGGGGCCUCCAGGCUCGUCCAGAGUGAUAUUGCACUUGCCUGAAAUGGUGUGUGGCGGGCUCCAGGUAGGAUUGCAGUGGUUAGCCGAUCGGCUGACCGCUCAAUGGUGCCCGCCUCGAUCACCCUGCACGUCCUAUGUCGUAAAUUCACAACGCGGAGCGCUCUCUUGGCGCGAUAGUCUGCACUUUCUUCGCUGUGCGUCUUCAACGGACCGAGCGGUUCUAUAAAGUGCUCGAACUCCCUGCUGUCUGAUCGCCACUUGCUCUAUCUACUAUCCUCUCAUUGGCGUACUUUACCAGCUUUCUACGAACGCCGUGCUAGUACGAGUCGCCCACCAUGGCCCGAAUCCCGUUCGAGCUCUCCGACUACAUCAUCGACUUCCUCCACAACGAUGCUAAAGCCUUGAAGGCUUGCGCAUUGACCUGCCAGGCAUGGGUGCCCACUGCCCGCUUCCACCUCUUCCGCACCAUCGCCCUCAAGACGGCCAAUAGCACUACAGCGUUCCGGCGCUUGCUUGACAAGUCGCCAAGCCUUGGCCUUUACGUUCGCGAGCUCACAGCCGAGAAGCUGGCCGACACGGUCGCGAUCCCUGCCGCAGAGCAGCCCACCCAAGAGCCGGUUCAACAUACGCUCCCCCUCGCAUUCGCACACAUCCCGAGCCUUCAGACACUCUCGUUGUCCCACCUCGACCUGAAAUGCCUCCUCGACAUCCGCGGGCUCGCCCACCCCUCCGUGUCCACCCUCACCCUCUCCUACUGCCAGUUCACCGAGCUCGCGGACGUCGUCGACCUCGUCUCCAGCUUCCCCCGGCUGGUCUCGCUGUCCAUGUCCGGCCUGACCUGGAAGGACGAGGAGCGCGUGCCCGCGCCAAUCGCGACCCCGACACUCCGGAGCCUUCAGCUCGGGCGUGAGAUGGAGUCCGAGAAGCUGUUCGAGUGGCUCCAAGCGGCGUCUUUCCACGAGUCGCUCGCCAGCCUCUCCGCCCGCUGCGCGUCCGAGCGCGAGGCCGACCUGCUCGGAGCGUACCUGAAGCUCGCCGGGCCUUCCCUCCGGAGCUUCUCUCUCGACUGGAGCGUCACGGGCGAUAAGACUAUCAUUCUGCCGGACAACAUGUCCCUGGGAGGCUGCGCCGCGCUCGAGGACCUCACUUUGAUCUUCCCCGUGCACUUCAGCACGAGCCUGCCUUGGGUGACGUCCAUCCUCGCCACGCUCGACGCCACCGCGCUGCGCACAGUCUCGUGCGAGAUCCGGUUGCUCGGCAGCAUCGACGCCCUCGACUGGGAUGGCCUAAUUGCGAUUUUCUCCUCGGAGGCGUACCGUAGCCUCAGGACGCUCAAGUUCAAGGUGAACGUUUGGCCGGGCGUGCACAAGGACUUCGCCGAAGUUGAGGCUAUCCUCCGCGCACGUCUGGGAGCAUUUGACAGAAAGGGCAUGGUUCACGUUUGCAAGGCCUGAUGCGGGAGUCAGAUUACAUGCUAUGAUAUGA